AUGUUGUGCAAACUUUGUAACAUACUCUAAGAUCAAUCUCACCUUCUUUCCGUGCUGUGUAACUCUGUAGCUCUGAUAUCAGAGAACAAUACAGCACAGGUACAGGCCAUUCAGCCUUCAGUGUUGUGCUUACCCAAUUAAAUUAGUAACCAAAUGGCCGACUAAACUAAUCCCCUCUGCCAACACAAUGGCCAUAUCCCUCCAUUUCCUUCACAUUCAUGUGCCGGUUUAUAGAACAUGGAUUCUGUGUUCCAUAGCCCGGCACCCAGGGCUCCGCCGCCUGGGUUCCACGGAUCCCUUUGUUAACGGUAGGAGUCCAUGGCAUAAAAAAGGCUGGGAACCCCUGCACGAUGCAGCACGAGAUAACAGCAGUACAACCCGUUGAUGGAGCAGAACAUAGCCACACGGUGGUGAGCUUACGGGGAGAGGACACUGCCUUGUAGGGCAGCCUGUGUUCUCUUCUCUAUCUAGUCUCCUCUGCUCUUGAACUGCCUCUGGCACUUGGUGCUGAAGGGAAGCAGCUGCAACAUUCUGCUUUAGAUCUUGAGGACUAUUUCUAAAGCAGAAAAUGUGCUGGUGGAAUUCAGCAGUUUGAGUAGAAUCUGUGGGAGGAAUGGAACUGACGAUGUUUUGGGUUGAAAUCCUGCUUCGACCUGACCACCACUCACCCCACCGAGCUGUUCAACCAGCUGAGCUCCCCAGCGGGAUGCUGCAUCUGUAGGUCCUCUGAUCUCUGGACUCUGACGUGUGCUAAGUGAGUUUUUUUUUCCCGGUCAGUAUUUAUCACCAAGUACAAGCACGCAUAUUAAAGCUUCUCUUUAUUUCCCAUGUCAAAACGUGCAGAGCAAUGUGCGGCUUGCGUCAAUAACAAAGCAGCUGGGGGCAGCUCACAGGUUGUCGCUGGACUUCACGGCCACAGCUCACUAACAUUAACCUGGACGUCUUUUGGAACGUCGGAGAAAACCAGAACACUUGGGGGAAACCCAGGCGCUCACAGGGAGAACUUACAGACAGCGGCGGAAAUGAACCUGGGUGGCUGGUUCUGUUGUAGUGUUACACUAACCGCUAUGUAACUGUAAUAGCAUUGCGCUGGGGCGCUGCCGUGCCACAUUUUAGUAGGCAACAGUAAACUAUAAGGCAAAGUGCUGUGUCAGACAGGUAUAAACGUACAUUAGGAUACUGGAUAGGGACUCUCCUGUCCUCCUGUCCUCUCAGGAGGUGGGUGUGUGUGCUGGUUUAACAUCUUUGCUGAAAAUGUUCCGGCAAUGUGUUUGUGCCUCACUCUCGUCUCAAUAAAGGAACUGAUUGGCCUUUGCCCCCAGUGUUCUAGCAGAGCACUGCGGCCGUCCAACUGAAAAGAAGACUUUAGUCGCUGAGACAGUAAAAUGUGCUUUACUGAUUAACGGUCACCGUCCGACCAAGGUGACAAUAAAUAUGUUGUUUGCUUGGAAAUAUCUGAACCCCAGCGACCCUCAGCCUCCAGAACACAGCACCAAAGAAAACACCAAGGUUCACACUGAAAGUUUGUUUUUGCACUAAAUCGCAGAGGUGCGGAAUGGUUGAAAGAGAAGGGCUUAUCCAAACCAGAUUUGCAUUACAAACGAUUCAGUCACAGCGUGUACAACUACACAACCUUCUGGCUUGAGGAGGAACAGGGGGUCCUUUAUGUUGGAGCAAGAGAGGCCAUCUUUGCUCUCAAUACGGAAGACAUCAAUGACAAGUCCAUGAAAAUGGUGCAGUGGCAAACCGUACCUAAUGAAAGAGUGGAUUGUCGAAAUAAGCGAAGGAACAAUGAGAUGGACUGUUAUAACUACAUUCGUUUUCUGCAAAGAUUCAAUGGAACACAUUUAUUCACCUGUGGCACCCAUGCAUUUCAUCCUCUGUGUGCCUACGUUGAGAUUAAAAACUUCACCCUAUCGGCUACCGUUGAGGGAAAAGAGAGAUGCCCUUAUGACCCUGCAGUCGGAUACACAGGCCUCAUUGUCGACGAUAAAAUCUACACUGCCACGCUCUAUGGGUUCCACAGCGGACAGGCGGAUAUCAAAAGGAACUUCCAAGACCGUUCGUUCAGGAUGGACGACUCCGUUCCUUACUCGUUGAAUGAGCCGAACUUCAUCGACUCCGUGUUACUGAGGGAGAGUGACAACAGCUCUGUGGGCGACGAUGACAAGAUUUACAUCUUCUUCACGGAGAAGCUGGGGGAAGAGAAUGCAUUUAAUGGAAAGCCGCUGGUGACCAGGGUGGCCCGGAUUUGCAAGAGUGAUGAGGGGGGAAUGAGAAUUCUCCAGAGGAAAUGGACGUCUUUUCUAAAGACCCGGCUUGUGUGUUCAAUCCCAGAGUACAACUUCCAUUUUAACAUCUUGAGGAGUAUCUACGUGUUGAACCAGGAGCACUGGCAGGACGCCGUGUUUUAUGGAGUGUUUGUAUCCCAGUGGCAAAACGUAGAAUCAUCCGCCGUCUGUCAGUACACCUCUGCAGACAUCCGGAAGGCAUUUGAAGGGCCAUACAAGGAAGAUCAGGAAUCUCCGCGGCGGUGGUCAAGGUACACGAACAAACUCCCAGAGCCACGCCCAGGAUCGUGCAUCACAGAUGAAUUUCGGAAAGCUAAAUUCAGGACGUCACGUGACCUGCCGGACAACGUACUGAGCUUUGUGAAGAAGCAUCCACUGAUGGAUGAAGAGGUCAGACCUGUGGGAGGUCGCCCACUCUUCACGAAGAAGGAAGUGAACUACACAAAGAUCGUAGUGGAUACAGUCACAGCACUGGAUGGUAAACAGUACAACGUCAUGUUCAUUGGCACAGAUAACGGCUGGAUCCACAAAGUGGUGAGCUCUGGAGCCAGCACGCACAUCGUUGAGGAGAUCCGGCUGUACGAGGAUCUACAGCCUGUGGAAAGCCUGGUAUUAGCCAGAGCCCAGGGGACCCUGUUCGUUGGAUCGCAGAGAGGGGUGACUCAGCUCCCCGUGUCCCAUUGUCACAUCUAUGACAGCUGUUGGGAUUGUGUCCUGGCUCGAGAUCCUUACUGUGGUUGGGAUGGCAGCGUUUGCCAGGAUAUUCGAAUGCAGGAGAACAGAGCGAGUCUGAUUCAAGACAUUACGAACGGGAACAAAGGGUGUUUGGACAGCGACCCGAAUGUUACAAGCAGAAAAGUCCAGCUGGGAUCGGACGUGCUCCUGCAGUGCCCACUUAGUUCGAACACAGCCACGGUGCAAUGGGAAGUCAACGGGACAGAAAUGCCCAGUGGUGAUGGAACACGGUACUGGCGAGGAGAUAGCUCACUGGUGUUGAGGAACACGCAGGUUGUCAACAGUGGAAUAUACAGCUGUCUCGCCCAGGAAAAUGGGGUGAGCCAUGUGAUGGCCUCAUACAACAUCAGUGUGACAGACGACUCGCAACUUUCCACGCAUAUUUUGCCUCAGUACCAGUUGUCUAAGGGCCGGGAGUUCAUCUAUCUGAUCCUCGUCGCCGUGCUGGGUGCCUUCUCCAUUGUCCUGAUCUCUCUGUCCAUCUACCUUGUCCGCUCACCCACCAAGCGGGGCAACUACGAUAUGCGGCUUCCCCGCUCAUCGCUGGUGGAGCUGCAGAACAUCUCAGGCAGCUGCCCAGGCAAGGCCGAGGAGGGCGAGGAGCGGAGGUACUCCGGCGAGCGCUUCCUGAAGAUCAUCCCCGGCGAGGGAUCCACGGCCGGCAACCACCGCGCCCAGGCCGCCGAGCUGCUGCCCCCUCCCCCGCCGCCGCCACCCCUCCCGCUCACCGCCGACUCGGCGGGCUCCACCCCCAACGGCCUGCCCGGGCUGCCCCACGUGCUGCGGAAGAUGAACGGCAACAGUUACGUGCUGCUGCGACAGGCCGGCGAGGGGGAGUCCACCUCGCCGCACUACCACUCGUUCACGGAGGAGCUGAGCAAGAUGCUGGAGAAGAGGAAGCACGCCCAGCUGGUGGAGAAGCUUGACGAGAGCUCGGUGUGAGAAGCCAGGCGGGAGCUGGUGCCGCCGACCUCCGAGUGACCUACCUCAUUCAGUAUUCAAGGAAACACCUUUACGUGUUCCACCCCUGACCUUCCACCUCGAAGUCCCGACCCUUCCAGACUUGUACCUUUCAAAAAGCCUGUAAAUACAACUUUGUUUGGAUAAAAGAGAUUUUAUAUGGAAUCUUUGUAAGGACAGGAGGAGACUGAGGUGAGACUUUUGCUUGUGGCCCCGACUCUGCCCCAAGCAUAGAGGUUGACGGGCUUGCUCCCAUUCCUGUCGGGACAAAAUUCUCUUAAAAGACAGUUUGCUACAAGUGGGCAGGACAUUCACUGAGGUGAGUCGGACGUUGAGUCUGUUUGUUACUUUGUCCGGAGUGAUGUUUGUGGAGUGAUAAAAAGCACAUAAGAUUGAUAGCAGAUAUUUGAUAUGUGCAAAUCUGCGAGCAGACAGGAAGAAACUGGUUUGUCACUGGCACAAACUGAGCGAGGGUGUGUCGGCUACUGGAUCGCGUCGACCAGCAGAAGUGAGUGUGAGGAGCCAAAGGCAGCCGAUAUCCUUAUCCUUGUUGAGCACUGGUGAUUAGAGAUGCAUUUCUUUUGCCUCGUGCUACCUUGCACUGCAACGCUGUCUCCCAGACCUCGCUCGCCUUCUUAGAGUCUUAGAAAAAUUCCAACCAGAUCUGCAGAACAUAAAACAGUACAGGUCCUUCAGCCCACGACCUCUUAACAUAGUCCAAGAUCAAUGUAACCCCUGCCUCCCACAUAAACCUCAAUUUUUAUUUCAUCUGUGUGCCUGUCUAUGAGUCUCUUAAAUGUUUCUCAUGUAUUUGCCUCUACCACCACCCCCACAGUGCGUUCUACGCACUUACCAUUCUCUGUGCAAAGCCUACCUCUGAAAUACCCCCUAUACACUCCUGCAGUCACCUUAAAAGUAUGUCCACUUGAUAUAGCAGUUACCGACCUGGGAAAAAGAUAUUGGCUGUCCACUCCAUCUAUACUUAUCUUAUACACCUCUAUCAAAUCACCUCUCAUCCUUCUUUGCUCCAAAGAGAGAAGCCCAUAAUUUGCUCGACAUUUCCUCAUAAGACAGGCUCUGUAAUCCAGGUAGCAUCCUGGCAAAUCUCCUCCGCACCCUCUCUAAAGCAUCCACGCCCUUCCUGUAAUGAGGCGACCGGAACUGAACACGAUUCUCCAUAUAGCCCAUAUCGGGCUUAAUUCUGAGCUGUGCUGAUCUGGAACCAAGAGUUGGUGUGGGAGUUCGGCUUCAGGACCUAAGGCACAUUGCCCAGUUCAGUUGUGUUCUGAUUAGAUGUUUGCAUCAAAUGAUGUGCAUUCCUGGGAGCCUUUACAACGGACAAACGUGCAUGGUGGAAAAGAAUUCUUCAAAAAAAAAAUUGUCUGGUCUCUCGUAAAAGAGGGUUUCACUGUUGAGCCUUGAAAAUGCAUAGAAAUAGGUGUGAUUCAAUCAUUUAACAUCCUAUUUGUAAAGUGUAAAGGAACUUUUUACCUCAACAGUACUUAGUUACAGUAGAAUAGAUGCCAAGGCACGUGGCCAUUGGGAGGCAGUGAUAGACUCCAAGGUUUAAGGUAAAGCAAGAGGGGUGGGGUUUACUGAGUACAGGGAGACAGUAAAUAUGGUUGUGGACGAGAUGAUCAAGAACAUGGAGUUGAACAUGUUCUUGCAAUAGUUUACUAUGGCUGUGGGGUAUCUUGUUGCUUGUCUGAUGAUGGGGGUUUGUUGGUGUGAGGUCAUUUAUCUUGCGGCAGGUGGGAGAGGCAAGAGUGCAGGGCAAGGGAGUCCAAUGCUCAACCAGCUGGGUUUUAAGAACAACUCAACAGGGGAUGUGUUGAAUCAGCUCUUUGCCUGGCUGACCUCUGGUGCCUCAAGUACAGAGACUGAGGACACCACAGAGAAAGGGUAAGUGAAGGACUUUAGGACUUUAUUCCCUAGAGCACAGGAGAAUGAAGAGAGAUUUGAAAGAGGUGUACAAAAUUAUGAGUGGUAUAAAUAGGGUAAAUGCAAGCAGGGUUUUCCCAGUGACAUUGGGAAAGACUAGAACUAGAGGAUUAAAAGUGCAAGGUGAAAAGUUUUUAAGGGGAACACGAGGGAGAACUUCUUCACUCAGAGGGUGAUGAGAUUGUGGAACGAGCUGCCAGCAGAAUUGAUGGAUGCAGGUUUGAUUUCAACAUUUAAGAGAAAUUUAGAUAGGUAGAGGGAUGGGGGAGGCAUGAAAGGCCACGGUCUGGGUGCAGGUCAAUGGGACUAGGUAGGCUGGGUUUGGCAUGGACUAGAUGGGCCUGUUUCUAUGCUGUGGUACUCUAUGAAGCAAAACAGUCGGUUAACCUGGGGAGGGAGAAGGGUGGGGUAGGGAAGAAUGUUUUGUUAGCCUGAAGAAUGGUUGGUUAACCUGGGGAAUGAAAAGGGCAGGGUAGGGAUGAAUUUCCAGGUGAGGUGACACUUCACCUGUAUUCCAGGUGAGGCGACACUUCACCUGUGAGUCGGCUGGGGUGAUAUACUGCGUCCGGUGCUCCCGGUGUGGCCUUCUAUAUAUUGGCGAGACCCGAUGCAGACUGGGAGAUCGUUUCGCUGAACACCUACGCUCUGUCUGCCAGAGAAAGCAGGAUAUCCCAGUGGUCACACAUUUUAAUUCCAUGUCCCAUUCUCAUUCUGAUAUGUCUAUCCACGGCCUCCUCUACUGUAAAGAUGAAGCCACACUCAGAUUGGAGGAACAACACCUUAUAUUCCGUCUGGGUAGCCUCCAACCUGAUGGCAUGAACUUUAACCCCUCAAACUUCCGCUAAUGCCCCACCUCCCCCUCGUAUCCCAUCCAUUAGUUAUUUAUAUACACACAUUCUUCUUCUUUCUCUCCUUUUUCUCCUUCUGUCCCCCUCACUAUACCCCUUGCCCAUCCCCUGGGUUUUCCCCCCUCCCCCUUGUCUUUCUCCCUAGGCCUCCUGUCCCAUGAUGCCCUCAUAUCCCUUUUGCCAAUCAACUGUCCAGCUCUUGGCUCCAUCCCUCCCCCUCCUGUCUUCUCCUAUCAUUUUGGAUCUCCCCUCCCCUUCCCACUUUCAAAUCUCUUACUAUCUCUUCUUUCUGUUAGUCCUGACGUAGGGUCUCGGCCCGAAACGUCGACUGUACCUCUUCCUAGAGAUGCUGCCUGGCCUGCUGCGUUCACUGGCAACUUUUAUGUGUGUUGCUUGAAAUUCCGGCAUCUGCAGAUUUCCUCGUGUUUGGGUAGGGAUGAAUGUUUUGUUAACCUGAAGAAUAGUCAAUUAACCUGGGGAGGGAUAAGGGCGGGGUAGGGAUGAAUAUUUUGUUAACCUGAAGAAUGGUCGGUUAACCUGGGGAGGGAGAAGGAGGGGGUAGGGAAGAACGUUUUAUUAACCUGAAGAAUAGUCAGUUAACCUGGGGAGGGAGAAGGACGGGGUAGGGAAGAAUGUUUUGAUAGCUGAGUAGGCUAUUACAUGUCUCAGCAUUGCGCGCGGAGCCAGGUUAGUACAGGUAACAUCUCUCUCCCCUGAGAACAACUAAUAAACCGAAUUAGACUGGAGACUGGGGUAAUACUGGGAUUAGCGUUUUGAGCAUUGAGGUCCAUGGGAUGGGUGCAAGAAAGUGUGGGAAUAUGCCUUUGAGGUAGAUCAGUCGUGGUCUCGUUAAAGGUCAGAGCAGACAUAAAGGGCCAAACAGUCCAUCCUUGCUUCUCUUUCUUAUGCCUCCUUUCCAGAGUGAGACAGAUCUAUCUCCAUUAGCCAAACCUCUUCACAAGAGAAGACUUCCAUCUGGAUUGAUCCCAAGUGUCAAAACUGAAAGGUCAUCUGCUGUGAAAGAGGCCAUUUCAACUGCAGGGAACUGGUUGUUAGUCAUCAGUGAGACAGCUAUUGAGGUUACUGGGAGCCUGGUGGCCAACUGGAUGAGAUCUUGAUAUCAGAUGGGCGGGCAGUUCGAUGGUGAACUGAUGGGGGCAUGAGACAGGUAACUGUAGCAACCCGACACAAAGCGAAGCACCAGUCAGGAACUGAGACUGAAAGAGAGUCCCAGAUCAUUGGAACUAGAAGGCUAUCAAUAAUAAUCUGGUUAAAAUGUUUUGUCAAAUAUUAAUAAACACAGAAAGACCCAUAGAUAUGAGCUGUAACUCUUGCAAUUGAGAUAUAUUUUUGGAAUGAUGUGUGAGAGUGGGGUCUAAUUGUUCCUAAUCCAUAUUGGAGUUUGUAUAUGUUUCCUGGCCAAUUCUGCAAUGUAACCAGUGUAAAUUAUUUGUGGAUCAUGCUGUACAUCUGUACAUUAAAUUAAUCUUUUAUCCAUUCUUAUUGUGUUCGUUAAUACAUUACCUCUAAUAUAAAACACUGGUGUUGUGCCUUUCCCAAUUACAACUUAAAGCCCAGAAUUUACAUUUUAAUCCACUGACAGACAUCUGGGGAAAACCAGCAAUUACAAUCCGUCGCUAGCUUCCCACUCAGCUGAGCGCUGUUGUGCUAUGUCAGGGAGUUCGACGUGUCGUGCAUUCAGAGAUGCUUUUCUGCACACCGCUGUUGUAACACAUGGU